UACAAGGGCUGACUUAUUUGUUGAUACCGUCUGAAGGCCUCAUAUCUCCCGAAUAUCAAGUUUCAUAAAUCCCGGGUCAAAGGUUUUUUUCAGCCGACAGAAAGUCAUGUUGUCUUUCAGCUGAACUGAAAAUAUAUCACUAAAACUGGACUUAAAAUGGUUCACAGCGUAACAGCAACAUGUUAUUUUACCUAAGAACUCCUGAUAACAAUUGUUCAUUAUAAGCAUUUCACAUGUGCUACUCCAUCAGACCCGUCCUGUCAGGGUGUGUCAGUGUCAGGACAAUGAAUCCCCCUCCUCUCACCAGCCAGUUUUCAGUUUUCCACUCAGAUGCACAAACAGCUUGCUCCACUCUAACACUUAUUCUGUUUUUGGACCAAGUCACUUGAUGAGCAACAGUUUACCCACCUCUCCAUGGAGUAUCCCCAUCUAACCUCUCUAACCGACUGGAUGUGUGUGUGGACACAGUUGCCAUGGUGACAGUGUGGCGGAUGGUGAGACGGCAGGGAGUUGGUAGGCUGUUGAGACAGACUUGCGGGUGAGUGCGGGGCUGAGUGGCAGCAUGGUGCUGUGGUGUUGUGGCGGCGGAGUAGCGAUGGUGGUGGCAGUGAUGGUGGAGGGAACAGCUGGGCUGGCACUGCGGCAGCCAUCACUUCAAAAGAGCCCAUUUAAACGUUUGGAGAAGAAUUAGUAGAGCUCCCCCGCACUUCUCACUGAAUGAAACAGGGCUGCAAAAUCUCUGACACAUUCGAGGACUCAAACACAAACACACACGCACACAAAGACCUAAACAAAUAAACAUUUUCACACAUUUCUUCCCAAAAAAAAAAAGAAAAAAUAUACAGUUACACAUAGACAAACAUGGCUUACAUGCCUGUACACACACAAAUAGUCACACACACACUUUCCCACACCCCUGCUGUGACACAUAAUUAAUAUGCAAAGACCCAUAUCCUGUAUCCACAACAACUGGUGGUAAUAUCAACAGUGUUUCUGUCAGCUUUUGGGUGGGUGGUGACCAGCUUUGCCUAUCACUGGGGGAGUGAGUGGUGCUUCAGUACAAAACAAUCGACAGUGAUCUGACAGUGAUGCUGUGUAGCAGCCUUCCCCUCUGUAUGCGCCCCUCGUUCUCCCGUAAGGCCCAUGUGACCUAGCCUACACCCACACACAGGGGGCCCCCACUGCCGCUGGAGCCCACCCAUGAAUCCCAGCCCCGAGCGCGGCAAAGAGUGCCUCCCUCCCAAGAAGAGGGAGUCUCGGCAAGGAUCGGCAGAACACCACAGCACUUUGGACGACUUUAAACCCCCUGUGCCACUCCGAAGUCGGUCCAGCACAGGGAGAGGGGAGGGAGGCAGGGAGGCUAGUGACAGGGACCGAGCUCUGACUAACCCAAACCCCCAUCUCCUCCACACUCCUCCACCCCUUCCUGCUCCCGCACCAUGCCUCCCCCUAACCUUACCAUGGCCCCUGAGCUACCCUCCUUCUGUCUCUCUUCCCCUUUUCUCAGGGCAGGUCAACGAGAGGAGGGGCUCAGGGUCUCCCUCAUGGAGAGAUGAUCCUCUCUCCUCAACCCUGCCCCACACCUCUAGGUGGCUUAGAGGGGAGGGUUCCCUCUCCUUGCCACCUUCCUCCUCUACUUCCUCCUUUAAGACUCCCUUCCCAGCUGAUAGAGAGAUGUGGUACGUCAGCAGUGGCCGGCGUGACUACAGCGCCUCUCUCUUCUCCCCAUCUUACUUGUUUAGCCAACAAUCUCUCUACCCCCAAGACCCAAGCUUAGCUGAAGCCAGACAUAGGUACCUGGGCAAGAGGCCCAAUGGCCUGGAUGGGCCAGGCAGCAGGACUGUCUCAGCCUCCAGGCCUCUGCUCACAGGAGAAUAUGGGAAUGAAAGCAGCAGAGCUAGGCUGAACAUCAGUCCACACAGCUCCCAUACCAAUGGUGGACGGAGACAGCAGGAGGAUCUAACACCCCGUGUCCAUUCUGGAGGGCUAUUUUUGUCAGACUCUCAAGCUCAGGAGGGCCCUGGGCCACAUUCCUCACUGCAGGACAGACAUCUGCAUGGGAUAGUAAAGACUGGGUCAAAUUUACUCUCCACCAGUCCCCAUCCCCUUGGACCAGAUCCCAGGGCAGGUAGAGGGGGACUACUGGACCCCAUAGGGCCCACACCAGCUGAAGCCCAGAUCUACUACUCCUUGGGAUCGGUGUGCCACCCCAGCUCUCAGCCCUACUCACACUAUAACCCCUCAGGAACACCUCUGUACAGCCUGCACAGGGAGCCAGGCCCCAGGCAGCACAAUCUAAGGAACUCACCUCACUCACCCCCGGGUCUGCCUAACAGUGAUGGCAGGUCACAUAGAGACCGGGAAAGAGACCAAGAAAGAGACAAAGUCCUAAAUAGGGACAGGGAGCGAGGUAAAGACAGAGACAAAGAGAAGCACCUACAACUUGACAAAGACCAAGACAGAGACAGUGAGCGCGAGAGACGACGGGACAGAGAAAGAGAUAGAGGGAGAGAAUUAUCUCCUUGCCAUCUUCACACCUCACCCCAGGCCCCUCACCCAUCUCCCCCUGCGCUCCUACCUCACUUCACCAAGGGUUCUCUGAUUGAGUUGGCCAGUGGGCAGUUGAAGCGGGUGGAGGACCUGCAGACCGAGGACUUCCUGAGGAGUGCAGACACCUCCUCAGAGUUCCACCUCAGCACCUGCACUGUGCUGGUGAUUUCCCCCAGCAGUACACAGGGCUUCAGUCACCUGCAGGUCCACCUCACAGACCGCAACACUCAGGAGUUACUGAAGGUCUUGGUGGAGUAUCCGUUCUUUGUGCAGGACCAAGGCUGGUCUUCUUGCUGCCCCCAGAAAACUGCACAGCUGUAUGGCCUGCCCUGCCGCCAGCUCAUGGAGGGGGAUGUCUGCCUGGCUCUCACCCCCACUCCCACUCAAACCCACCGGACACACACGCGUACCAGCUCCAGGGCCCAUCGCACGCAACACCCCUCCAGAGCUACAGGAGAGUCCAGCAGCUCACACAGGGAGGAGAUGCCACCACCACCUCCUCCUCCCCCUCUUCCUCACCACCCACCUCCUACUGCGCCAGCCCCUCCACGCACUCUGGCUGCAGAGCCUCCCACUCAGGAGCAGCCACGUCCACGCAAACGGCGCUGGUCUGCCCCAGACACCCGUCCCUCAACCGGAACUGAUGAAAGCCUCCUGGAUUUACCUCAUGGCUCCAAGCUAAUGAAGUGGCAGUAGAAACUUGCACAUGCAUACAUAAACAUGCAUACAUAUACACACACAUAUACAUAUACAUGAGCACAUACACACCCUCCUUGUCUCUGUUGCACCCACCAAGACAAACAAUGGAGAGACCUCAAGGCAGGGUUGCAGGGAAGGAAAAAAAAAAACA